AUGCCACAAGCAAUAGAAGAAGCGCUAGAGGAAGCCCACGUCCAAAUCGUUGGAACGAAACAUUCGGUAACGGCGCAUCACAUCCAUUCGUAUCCUUUGGUCAAACAGACGGGCGAAUUUUUGGGUCGUGUUCCCGUCGCCAGAAUUUUUGUGGCAAACACAAAGCCUAUUUAUGAGGCAGUUGCCAACUCCAGACCUGCGAAAUGGGUCGCACCUGUCACUGACAGAGUUGAUCUACUCGCAGACCGCGGUUUACAGCUCACCGACAAAUGGGUUCCUGCUUUAAAGACAACCACGUAUGAGGGAAUCGGAAAAGACGUGAUGACUCCUUACAACGCCACACGGAACGCAGCGGAAAAAGCACGUUUGGCUACGUUAGACGCUGCUGACAAGUAUUUGUACGAUCCGGUCCACUCUCGUGUUUUGCAAACCAGACGUUACUACAACGAAAAAAUUUACGACACCAAGGGUAAACCACUUGUGAGAGGCUCAUUUGACCCUGUUGUGGCACCUGUCAACCAACGGGUCGAAGGAUUCAUCUCCAAACGUUUUCCCGAGGGUAAACAUGUGCCCACGGACGGUUUCAGCAACGAAUUGUCUCGUUCGGCUGCCCUUGCGGUUAAUUUUGUGCAAAGAGCCAUCCCGGCCGUUGAAAAUAGAGUUUACGACAUUGCGAUGGGACCCUGCCACUACGUGAAGCACGUCAACGACGUUUUCAAUCACAACUUGGAUAAACAGGACGAUCUUUCCUUGACGAAUUCUUGGACUGCCUCUAGAAAUGCAGUCCAAGAAUUGAACAAAGAAACCGUUGAGUAUUUAAAAGGAAGAAUGCCUUCUGCUCUCCGGGUCGAACGCAUGGACACCCAGGUGGCCGCUUGA